AUGCAAAGCUUUGCAAUUACUUUAUUAUCUAUGCAUAGAUUUGUGGAUUCACACGUGGAAGAGUGUCCAUCGCGUGAGAAUUUCGAUCGAUAUGUGUACAGCGUGAGCAACGGUAAUGGACCAAAGGUACCACCUGUUGAACCGACAACACGACCAAAACCACCGCCACCGAAAAACGAUGACGAUGAAGAUUGGGAUCAUUACAAUACGCCAACGUACGAUCCACAAAAAUACGUAAUGAAUGCGAAGGUUCUGCGCACACCAGGCUUGAUGACACAAUCCGAACGCCGCAAGUUUGCCGAUGCCGAGCGCAAGCGGUUAAGCCAAAUCGAUCGUCGCCA